AUGGACCUGCGCGCACCAUCUCACCGGGCCAGCACCGGAUGGUCGCCAAAGUCCUCCUCUCCGGUCGACACCCGUGCCCCUAUCGAGCGGCUCCCCGUCGAGCUCAUCCACAAAAUCUUCUUCCAGAGCCUAGAGUUCAACUUCCCUCGAGCGUCGAUACACGUAGCCGCCGCCCUCGCCAACGAGGUCAUCUACUCGUGGCUAAUCCGUCUGGCCUUUAGCAGCAACAAUCCCUCCUCCAGCAGCGGAAUACUGAUUCGUCCGUUCGUGCCAAUGAGCUAUUUCUCCAUCGGGAUGAAAGAAAGAACCGAUCUGCAGACAGAGAUCCUACGGUGUAGGUGGUGCACCAUAUCGCUAAUGCGUAAAUGCCAGCGCGAAUACGUCGAGCACGUCCUUCGUCAAAAGUGCAGAGACCUCGUCAUGUCCGACGCAGACCGGGCACAACUAGACAACCUCGACGACUAUUGGCAAAACAUAGACCCCUUUGACAACGCCACGCACGGCAAACGGGGUAAGGGGGACCUCGUCCUCUCCGCCAGACACCCCCAGUCGGACGUCAACCUCAAAGUGUCCAUCUGGUUCAACUUUGGCGCCGUACAGAUCAGAGAACCCAGCCCCGUCUUCCAAGAGACCGACGUCUUCCGCCUGCCCGCCUGCAGCCUCACAGACCCAUGCCGCAUGCCAGACCGACUCCUGCGCACGCCCUGGACGGAGGAAAAGCUCGAGCUGCUCACCCUCCUUUCCAACGAAGCGUACAUCGACGACGAUGGCAAUUUUGAACGCUCCAAGGCCGUCGUCCGGCAGCUAAUCGUCGAUCGGGACUUUGCAACUUUUCAGCGUCUGCUGUCGCUGCACAUCCGCGUCAAGAUCUAUUCGUAUCCCCUCCGUUGGCCCGUGCGGUCGAAUAAUUUUAGAGUGGCGGCGCGAUAUGCAAAGUCUGACAAGGAUCCGUUUUUGACUCUGUUGUUCUCUGAGCACCGAGAUGAGAUACCGACGUCCGACAAAUCCAUCCGGGCGUUGCUGGCGAAAUAUGAGCAAUCGUGA